AUGAAUGGUGCCGUUGUUAACACUCAUCCCACGCAUGUUGUUUUUCGCGAAAGAUAAAUGGAAAAUGAAAAACACCAAGGGGAUGGAGUGUAUGUCAAAACAUUUGAAACGAGUAAGAACAAAGCUGAUAGAAUGGAGCAGGAGCAUAAUGAGAGAUACUUGGAUAGAGAUUAAUAUAAUGAUAAAGACGAACCAGGUAAAAAAUUCACAGAAUUUGUGAGAAAGAGAGAUAAGCUAGAAGAAAUACACAAGCAUGGAAGAGUUCGCUAUAAUGCAUAUAAUAGCGAAUCAGAUCGAGUUAGUCGAGUGCUAAACAAAUCACCACUUUCUCUUGAACCCCUGAAAACUUAAAAGCUGGUAUAUCCAGAGUGGAGAGUGGUUGAAAAAGAAUAAUGGAAAUCAAAACAAGAUAUGUAACCUAUAAAGGAAAUGUAAAGCUGGCAAAUUUGGAAAGAUCUAAGCGCCGAGAGAGAUGUGCCUUUAAUUGCUACGGGUGAUGGCUGUGAACCUUUUCUGUCUAAGAUUACUAAAAUUUAAAGAGAUCCUAGGAAGAAAUUCCUUGAAAAACCAAAAGAAUUCAUGGCAUUUUCAAGAAAUGACUUAAGAAGAGAUUAAGCAAUUUUACAAACAAACUCACUCAGAUCUUUUGGGAGCAUAAAAGGACUUAUAAACUUAAUAUCCUAAAAAUUCUCUGAAAAUACAGAAAGCUAGAAUUAUAUAACAAAGACUUCAUUUAAUUUUGUCAAGGAUUAGGAUGGAACAAUUGAAACUGAAAAUUUACCAUCCACAGAUGUUGGCACAGAUUAAAAUAGCUCAAGACAAGUAUUCUCAGACUCAAAGCGUAACACUCGAAGCAUAAAGCAUCUAUAGCAAGAUCUUUAGAAAUAAUAAGCUGUUUAUCUUAAUAAGAAUGAUCUUCGUUCACAUGAAACUAUCAGUAAUUUGUUGAAACUUAAACAUGAUCGGAACAGUGCUCUAAUUCUUCUUAAGUAAGACUCGAACAAAUCUAUUUCUAUUAACAAAAACUACUAAGAUACUAUUGAAGAGCUGAAUGACAGCCAUAUCAUAAAUGGGCUUUUAGAUUCAUCUGGAUUGUCAAAGAGCUAUUUUAAAUCAGCAUAUGUUCAUAUGAUUAAAUCACCAUUCAAAACUAAAGAUUAGAGAGAUAAAGAGAUUAUGAAGAACCCAUAGUUAAGAAAAAGUUGUCAUGCCGAGUAUAAAAAUAGAGAAAAUGUAAAAUCAGCUUUAGAAAAAAUUACCAAGCCUGUCAAUUAUAAAUAUAGCAGACGCCAAAGCUUUACUAGAAAUGAAAAAAAUGCUGAAGCUGUUAAAGUAUAAGAUCAAUAAGAGUCCCCUAAUUGCACUGUAGAGUAGCUAUAAACCAGAGAUGAGGUUUUAAAAACGAUUCUUCCUAAUAAUAAUAAUAAGUUAUAGACAAACACUUCUCCUAGUAGAAACAUAGAGUUUGGAUUAAAUGCAGCAAACUAAUUUAAAACGAUUGAUGUUGUUAAACAGUCUAAAAAAUUACCAAUGAUCAAAGAAGUUGAAAAUAAAGGCAUAUUUGGGCAGCCACUUUAGAAUCAUCUGAAUAAGGACAGUAUUAAGCAAAUAGUAAAAGCCUACUUUAAAAAUAAGACAGUUAUGGACACUACUGAUAGAAAUGCUUCAACAUUAGACAAAAGUAUAUCAAUUACAUAAGAAUGA